AUGGCCGAUAAUACAACUGCGAUUGCAUCUAUUAAAGCCUCCAAAGCCUUAUUAAAAAAAAUACGCCAGCAGGAAAAUGAAGAGGCUGCUGUUCAUUUCGCUCUGGGUAUAGCGGGAAUUGUCUCGCUAUUUGCACUCGUAUUUUGGGCCCGAGAUUUCUAUAGACACAUAGAACUAAGAGGCCCAGUAUUUCGGACACUUCGGAAACUUAUAAGGUGCACACGACGAGGAUUAAUCAACAAAGUGCCUCUCUUUCAAUCAGCUGGUCAUGCGUUGGCAUUUCUGCUAUACUUGGCUGUGGCUGUAAGCGUCGCAACGACUAAUGUUAAAUGGGAUAACUUAACAGGCUUAGCUAAACGCCUUGGGUGGCUGACCGUCCUCAAUCUUGCUCUGUGUGUAUUUCUUUCUCUAAAGAACACGCCUUUGGCAUUCUUGAUAAACCAAUCUCAUGAGAGGUUGAACGGCCUUCAUCGCGUUGCAGGUUACUCAACCAUUGCCAGUGCACUAGCUCAUGCUCUGAUUUACUUUCUAAAUUUGAAGCACAUGGAUAGACUUACUGUCCUGAAAGAACAACCCCAGAUCAUGGGCAUAACUGCCGCAUCAUGCUUCUUAUUCAUAUUCUUGACUGCCACAUUUUUGAGAAAACGCCAAUAUGAAGCUUUCUACAUCAUACAUGUAACUCUGACUAUGAUGGUACUUAUCAUGGCCGGUCUACACCGCCGUCAGAUUGUCACCACAAAGUCGAGCUAUAUUUUGGCAUCGACCGCAUUAAUUUGGGGAUUAGACCGAACAGUAAGGGCAGUUCAACUUUUCUAUUACAGUUUUAACAAUGACGCAACUAUAAUCCCACUUUGUCAUGGCGGAACACGUGUCAUUCUUAGAAAAGCUCCCAAGACAAUCGUUCCAGGCGACCACUGUUACAUCUGGCUCCCAGGUAUUCGAGCGCUAGAAACUCAUCCAUUUACUUGUAUGGCCACGAACCCUCUAGAGUUUAUUGUUUCGGCCCAUAAUGGUUUCACCAAAGAUCUUCAUAUUUGUGCUCAACGUGAUCCUGGUGCUAUGAUCAAGGCUUCUAUUCACGGACCAUAUGGAGUAAUGGGGGACUUGACAAGUUUCAAUAGAGUGGUAUUUAUUUCUGGAGGAAGCGGUGUCUCUUUCACUAGUGGUCUGGCCGUUCAACUGCUGCAUAAACUUGGAAAUUCGAGAAGGACCAAUAUCGAAUUUAUUUGGGCUAUGCGCGAAAAGGAGUGCGCUGAAUGGAUAUCGACACAUCUCAGCAUUCUCGCUAACUCACCGCUCCUAACUUUAAACCUCUUUGCCACCCGAGGCCAAUCAAACAAAUACUCUAGCCAUACAACAGUCCCAUCUCACUUUGAUAUACUUGCUUCUGAUUCCAAGCAAAGUGUAGCUGUAUUGAAUAAGGCUAAACAAUCGACUCAGAUCGUUGAUUCAGAAAAGUGUGGUGCCUCCCUCACUACUAGUCCUACUGUCAAAACCCCAUACACAAUAAUUCAGAAACGCCCUGAUAUCGCUGCUCUUAUUUCUAAUGCUGUUGAUGCUACCCUUCCGACUGAACAGAUUGCUAUUGUCGCCUGUGGACCUGAUACGAUGAUGUCAGUUGUACAAAGAUCAGUCGCGAAGAAUAUACGACCGAAUGGACCUACAGUAGAGUUCUUCAAUGAACACUUUAACUAA